UCUUCUCAUCCAUAUUUCUUCUUCUUCGUCCUCCCCCUCCCCCCUCUCUCUCUCCUCCACAGAGAGCACACAUCACACAGCACAGGCUCCUCUGAAGGUGACGACCACGCCUCAGGCGGCGCCAUUGCCAUGGCGGACAAGAUCUCCACGGUUGUCCUCAAAGUUGACCUUGAAUGCGCGCGAUGCUACAGGAAGAUGAGGAAGGUCCUCUGCAAGAUCCAAGACAAGAUGAACAUCAAGACCAUCUCCUUCGACGAGAAGAACAACGCCGUGACGGUGUCCGGGCCGUUCGACCCCGACAAGCUGUGCAGGAAGCUCUGCUGCGAGGCCGGCCGGGUGAUCAAGGAGAUGCAUGUCAAUGGCAAGGAACAGAAGGCGGACAAGGACGGCGGCGGUGGCGAGAAGCAGAAGGCACCCAAGGACGGCGGCAAGGCCGAGAAGGACGGCGGGAAGGCGGAGAAGCCCAAGGACGGCGGCGGGAAGGCGGAGAAGCCCAAGGAUGGCGGCGGGAAGGCGGACAAGGAGAAGCCCAAGGACGCCGCGGCCGCCAAGCCGGAGAAGAAGGUCAAGUUCGACGACGCGCCGCCGGCCACGGACGCCAAGCCCGGCAAGGCCAUGCCGCCGCUGCCGCCCGGCAUGAGCAUGGCCGACCUCGGCCCGCUCCUGGAGAAGAUGAAGCAGGCCAAGCAGCAGGGCGGAGGCGGGCCCCAGCCGCCGCGCGGCGAGCCGCUGGGCCCGCCGAUGAUGGCGCCGCCCGUGGCCGCGCAGGGGGUGGCCGUGCCGUCCAUCUGGCCGGCGCCGGCCGGGCCCAUGUCCUACAGCUACGACCCGACGCCGUACGGCCAGCCGGCCCAGCCGUCGUACUACGGUGGAGGCUGCGGCGGCGGGUGCGGCGGGGGUUGCCAGUGCUGCAGGCCGCCCGUGCCGGCCGGCGGGUACUACGGCGUGCCGGUGCACGACCACCAGGGGUGGUACCACGGCAACCGGCAGCCGUACUACCAGCAGCAGCAGCAGCCGUACUGCGGCGAGGACCCCAACGCCGGGUGCAGCGUCAUGUGAUCGGCAGGCGACGCGCCAUGGGCAGAGACAGAGCAAUCAGGCAUCAGGCAUCAGUCAUCAGUGCGUGUGUGGUCACUCUCACGCACUCACUCAUGGCCUGUGAUUAAAAUUUUCCUUUUCUUUCUUCUCUCCGUGUCGUGGCCUUCUUGUUUGUUUAUGUCUAAUUAGGCGUUGAGUUGUGCAUGUGAACAGAGGAGUUGAGCUGUUAUGUACUUGGUGCCUAGCUUGUUUAUUUAGUUGGUUAUUGUCAUGAAUGAAUAUAUUAUACCAGUAAUUAAGUACUCCAUACAAAAUUUGUAGUGGUGGUGGUAUCAUA